GAAGAAAAAUUGAAUUAAAAAUAGACGGAAAAGACUGGGAGAGGGGAAAACUGAUUUUGUAGCAGGAGGUGUAUGUAGUGUGGAUUGGCUCAGCUUCUUCUCAGUAUUUUCUAGUGCAUAUAGUGCCAAGGUUUGAUUAGGUAUAGAUAAAGAUAAGGAAAAUGUCUAAGAACAGGUAUCUCACCAGACCUCGCACUAAACUUUAUGAUGCAAACUAUAACAUCGGCGAGAGCUACUACAAAUCAGCGUUAGACAGCAUCGACCGAAAAUAUUCCCCAAGGGUGUCAUCCACACCACCCAGGCUCCCAUCAGCUCAUGCAGACUUAUUAGAAAGGCAUGCUAAGGCGUUCGAAGAAGAAGAUUUGACCACGUCACGCAAACGGGCCGAGAAACAUAUCACCGAGUCAAAUGUAUUCGAUACACGUGGGGGACUCUUGGCACAGAAAACACUGGAUGAUGUUCAGAACGACCUAGACGAAGAGACAACUUCAUUGCUGAACCGUAUCAGAGCCAACAGGAAGAAAGUAGCAGCUGUCGAUGACGUCGAAAUGGAUUCAGUUUUCAGCAACUUGCAGUCGCGCAGAAUGAUCAACAGAUCUGAAAAAAUCUUGGACAGUGUUGGAAUAAACGAUAACUCUCGUAGGGCACUAGACGAACAGGUUUCUUUCAAAAGGGAAAUGAAGUUGGCUCAAGAAAGAAACAACAACGACUUGACUAAAUGGAAAUCUUUAGACUUCGAAGCUGAUAAGGAAUCAGCAGCAGCUGUUCGUGCAAGGCAGACCAAAAAUCGCCUUCAUGAUAUCGAGGAUGAAAUGACCGACCUUGCUGAGAGACAAGAAGCAAGGAAACGCAGAGUUGCUAAGUUCAAAGCUAUGGUCGCAGAGAAUUCUGAGGAGAGCGAAUCGGUUGGAAAGGCUAUGCAUUCCCUUUCCCUCAGCAGCCGUAAAGAAGAGAAGACUGUUCAUUUCUAACAUGGUAAUAGAUUGAGCUGCUCAAAACGCUGUGUUUUGAAAAAAUUCCGAAUUUUUGGAGUUAAUAAAAAUUGGAAUCGU